AGACAGCAGAAAGUCAUUUCUUUGGCCUCCAUCUGACUGCCCUUGGCCCCUCCAGCAGCAUGAGACUGACAGCCUUUGCCCUGCUCCUGACUCUGGCGCUCACAACCACCAUCAAUGUAGAGUGUGCCAGAGGUCGCCAGCGGAUUGAUUGUAGUAAGUUUAAAAAGUUGCCACCAGGAGAAGUGAGAAUUUGUUAUUCCAUGUAUGCACCAAUUUGUGGAUCUGAUGGCAGAACUUAUACCAAUGAUUGCACCUUUUGUGAUAAAGUUAUGAAAACUGACAACAAGCUUAAAUUUGUACAUUUUGGAAAGUGUUGAAUCUAUCUUGUGAUUUACGUACAAGAAAAUUUCUUCCACAUAAUCUUGCCACCACUCUAUCCUGAUUUCCUCGGAGAGUAAAGUAGACCUACGUGAGAUGAA